CCCCUCUAAUUAAUUUCUGCCCUUCAAACACCACCCCCAUUCUAAACUUAUGUGCGGGUUUGCAAGUCUGGAACAGGGGACUUGUAGAUAUAUGGCGACGAACCAAAGCAGUGGCGAAGGAGCAUGAGCAAUGGCGAGCGCCGAUGAACAAUAGCGGCGGCGAGCAACAACGAGCGGCGGUGAGCGGCGGCGAGCGGCGAAGGAACCACGACUCAGAUCUGGUGAUUGUUAUUCUCCGCUAACUAUCUCUUCCUUCUCCUUCUUCUUCCUCAACUCCUCUUCUCUAGCUCUUGUCUAUCUCUUUCUCCCUGUUUUCUAAGUGUGAUGAUGCAUCACUGUCUCAGUAUCUCCCUCUAUAUACUCUUACAAAUAUCAGUUGGAUGAUUACAAUUAGACCUGAAAUUCUCAAUACGUCUCUUUUGUUCCAUCGAGAUUCUGAAAAUUCCAGAUCCUUCGGCCCAUUUGCAUUCAACGAUGGCAAUCUCUUGAUUUAAAAAAAUGACAAAGUUUGUUUUUAAAUUGCCAUGAAGAUGGCCUUUUACUCUUCAAAAAUGACAUAUUUUUCUUUGAAAAUGUCAUUAAAAUGUCAUUCUCGACUCAGGUUGGCAUUUUGAUAUAAAAGUUGAUUUCAGUGAUGGUGGCUCCAGAUCUGCAGUGGCGGAGGCCCAACGUGCAGCGGCGGAGGCCGGAUCUGUAGCGGCAGCGGUCGAUGGUGGUCGGAUACUAGAUCUCCGGCGGGGAUGGCCAAAUCUGCAACGGCGGUGACCAGAUCUGCGAUGGCGGCAGCCAGAUCUGCAGCGGAUUCUGUGGUAGCGGCGGCCGGAGACCGGCAUCGGCGACCGGAGACCGGCAUCGGCGACCGGAGACCGGCGGUGGUGAUCGGAGACCGGCGGCGAAAACUGGAGACCGGUGGGGGUCUGAUUACUGCUGGCAGCUUUUCCAAGUUUCAGGGGUGUUUUUGUCAAACUAGAAACAAUAACUCCUAUAUAGGGAAUAUUUAAACUUCAGUCCUGUUUUAACAAAUAAAGAUUUAUUUACUCCUAUUUAUGUAAAUCUCCCUUAUAUUAUUAUAAAUUAAUUAAUUACCUUAGCAUAAAAAGCAAAAGCUGACAUUCUUUGACAUAAUUUCCCUCAUUCACUCCACACCCCCACUAUAUCACACACUUCAUUUCUGCCAACAUUUCCCUGUUCUCUUGCAGCCAUGGCAGUGGAUGUAUGUUCUGAUGAUGCUUCCUCUAGUCCAAGAAUCUCAUUCUCCCAUGAUCUCCGGCAAUCUGACACCGUCCCCACCGAAUUCCACCGCCUCUGUCUCCCCGAUCCUCUCCUCUUCGAACCCACCAUCGACUUCGAUUUCUGCACCAGGUUCAUCCCGGAACUCUCCCCGGCGGACGAGCUCUUCGCCGACGGCAAGAUCCUUCCCGUUCAGAUCAAGAAACCCGCCGCGCCCUUCACAGAUUCCAAAUCCCGGCAGCCCCAGAUCGCAAAUUCCGACGAGAACAAGAAGAUGUUGAAGGAGUUCUUGUCGGCAAAUCCUGAGCCGGAGCCGGAAAAGGAAACUCCCGCGUCGCCGGCGAAGCACUUCUGGCAAUUCCGGCGGAGUAGCAGCCUGAACUGCGAUACCCGCCGAGGGAACAGCCUAGUCCGGUCGCUGCAGUUCCUAUCUAGGAGCAAUUCCACCGGUUCCGCUCCAAACGGAAAGCCCUCUGCUCCGCCGCCGCAGGCAGAGGCCGCCCGGAAGCAGAGAUCGAGACCGGAGCCGUUUCUAUCGCGUUCAGUUUCUUCAGUACUAUUCAACACUCAUAGACAUAACCAUUUGAUGCCAUCAAAGAAGACAAUGAACAGUCCAUUGAAGAAGAGCUGUAGCUUCAGAUCUUCUGGGUAUGGAGUCAGGGUCAUCCCUGUUUUGAACAUCUCACCUACUUACAACACAAAACAUACAUUUUUUGGUUUGGGGUCUUUGUUUUGUAAAGGUAAGUCUAAAAGGAAGAAGAGAUAGAUAGGAUAUUCAAAUUAUUCAAUGAAUCGCUUAAUCCUACCUACACAUUAUUCAUAGACUUCAUAAAUCAGAGUUGCCUAAUCCAUAUUUCAAGGUUUGUGGUGAUUACUUCCGAUUUUUCAAGAUUCAAG